AUGGCAUCCUAUCAUUACAAUGCACUUGGAAAGCUUAGUAUCCCACAGGGUAAAAUUUCACCUAAUGACUUCGACGCUCAUAUCCGUCUGAUUUCGCAGUAUAACUCAUCUUUAAGAUGGUUAAUUCUUCACACUUCUAAGACAACAACUAAAAAGGCAUCAUCUUAUGUGCAAGCCAUUGAUAUUUACCCACAGUUUGAUGCUCAAGCACUCGUACUUCUCCUGCGAGCGUCGAAUUUCGAAAUGGAUUUCUUCACGGCUUACAAGGAAUGUCUACGUAACAAGAAAGAGAACAUACAAAAGUUCACUGGGGCUGCCUGCGCAGUUAUAACUGAAAUGGCUCAAUUGUUUUCCCAGGACUUCGGCUCUUUGAACAAGGAUAGACAGACAAAGUUGCAUGAUUGGUUCCUGCUAAUGAAGAAAACGUUGGAAGAGUUAGAUCUCGAAAACAGAAGGAAUGGUGAAUUCGUCAUUCAAGUGAAGAGAAGAAUAGCUCAGGUUGGAGAAAUGCAUGAUUUAAGUAGAAAUCUUGCAUUGGCACAGCAUUUGCAAAGACUGGAGACGCAGUUGGACUGCCUUUCUGCAUUGUACAACGUGCGCGAGGAAGAUGAGCGUCAAGCACAGCGUUACGCAGAUCCUUCGUAUUUAUGGCCUAUUUUGGAUGAUUGGACACCUCGGAUACAACGUAGAAUACUGGAGUCGUCCAAUGUUAACGUCGUUCGCGCACUUUUCUUCAAGCUAUCGAUUUCGAUUUCUACUUUGUGCGAUCGAUUCAGUGACGAAAGGAAAAACCUAAUUGGUCGCGCCUAUUCGUACCACUUGGAACGACGUCUGCGCACUAUUCUUCAGACCAUCCCGAAUAAGUUAUUUAUGGUCUUGAAGACUACGUUGUGUCCAGCUUUGCAACGGCAGUGGGAUCCUGUUCUGGACAAGAGCGCCGCAAGGGAGAUGGCAGACUUUGAUGAUAACUUUCAUCUUGCGGAAUCAACAUAUACAAUUUCUAACCUUAGCCUCGGUGUAUCCAGGAUGGCACUCAAAAAAGUGGGCGUGAUCAGCAUAAACCCGAAGGAACUGCUCGAGGAAGGAAUCCGUCGUGAACUCGCCUUGGAGCUCCCUUCCUUACUAACUUUGUUAGAUAAAAAUUCUUCUCUCGAGGACGUGCUGAGAAUCCUUUCACUGAACCUCCAUCCUUUUCAACGUGGAUUCAUCUAUAUGUGUGAACACGUUGAUGUCAAUGGGCAUGAUAUGUGGCGAGAGGAGGUGGAUGCCGUUCUUCGACGAACUGCCAAGGAUUUGAUGGAGAGAGGGUUGGCACCAGUUGGACAGCUACUUCUCCUUCUUAUAAUGUUGUGCCAGUCGAAAAAGCAACACUGCCAGCUGCAUGCGGCGCCUUUGUUCUCGGUUCUGUCCGCUUGCGAUCGAUUCCUCGUUUCUUCUCCGGAUGGGGUCCCAUCGGACGUGGCCCCAUUGGUUAAUUUAUUGCGGGACUGUGGAUUGUGUACACCUUCACUGGCACUUUAUAAGACGAAAGUGACAGUGCCGUCUAAUACGAUUGUGUAUUUGCUGCUGACGUUGUACGUCUCCAUGUCAAAAUUGAACGGUACCCGAAAGGACUCGAUUUGCGGACGAACCUUCAUAGCCGGCUUAUUUUGCCUUCUGCAUCAGAUCAAUGGUGUCGAAGAGUUCGGAAAGACCGCAGAACUCUUUGCUGAUUCUAUCGUUCCAGGGAAGAACUCCAAUGAAAGGCAGCUACUUCUCUCAUAUUCUAGUAGUGUAGUUACUUUUUCAUGA